AUGCAUCCUAGGCAGGCAGAGAAGUGGAGAGUUUUCGUAGGAAUUCUGGGAAGUGUAGUUAGGGAGUCCCGUGUAGUCGGGAAUGCUGCAUUUGUCUUCCGAGGCGGCGGUGUGGAUCUCGCACUGCGGCCGCCUCGCCUUGGCUGGGGAGAAUCUCGGGCUACAAACAGGAAGGAUUUUAUUCACCGUCGAUGCGUCCCCGAGUUGUCCCAAAGCGAGGCAGUGCCCCCAAGGUCUGUGCUGAGCAGAAAGCAGCUCCGCCCUCGCGGUGCCCCCGGCCCGCCUGUCCGGGUCUGUGCUGAGGAGAACACUGCUCCUCCUUCGCUGUAUCUCCGAAGUCUGUGCAGAGAACUCCGCUCCGCCCUCACGAUGCUCUUCAGGUCUGUGCUGAGCAGAAAGCAGCUCCGCCCUCGCGGUGCCCCACGCUCGCCCGCCCAGAUCUGUGCUGAAGAGAACACUGCUCCUCCUUCGCUGUAUCUCCGAAGUCUGUGCAGAGAACUCAGCUCCGCCCUCACGAUGCUCUCCAGUCCAUGGGAACCCUGGUGUUCUUCUGUCCAAGAUUAUCUCCAACUACCUCCAGGGAUCCAUUGGAGAAAGACACCAGUUUUUGAGCCAACUACUACAAUUCUUAUAAUGUGGAUACCAUUGUGUCUUAAAGUCAAUUUUUUUCUUACUAUUCUUGUAUCCAAAAUGACAGUAAAACACAAACAAUAUGACUGUGCUGAUACGUGUUGGUGGCAUCUAUUAAUUAUUUGGUUCUGGCACUGAAGAUAAAUG